UUCAGCUGUGUUUGUGCUCUGCUAGGAGGCAUCAUGGGGAGAACUGUGGUGCAGCUCACCCUCAUUGGGCUGCAGCUGGCUUUGGCUUCCACACUGCCAAACAAGGAUGACUGGGACGUCUACAGCUUUCACAUCAACUCCACAGUGACCAGUCGUUAUGCCACCACUGUCAUCACAAGCCGUGUGGUCAAUCGUAUGGACGAGUCAAAGGAAAUUGAAUUCCAUGUUCGGAUCCCCAAGAAUGCCUUCAUCAGUAAAUUCCGAAUGUUUAUCGAUGGCCAAGUUUAUGAUGGUGUUGUGAAAGCUAAGGAGCAAGCUCAGCAGCAGUACACUGAAGCUGUGUCCCGUGGUGAAAGUGCUGGGCUUGUCAGUUCUGUAGGGAGGACUCUGGAGGAAUUUAAGACCUCUGUAACUGUGGCUGCUCACAAAAAGGUCACUUUUGAACUCACAUAUGAGGAACUGAUGAAACGCACACAUGGCAAGUACGAGCUGCAAAUUCAUGCUCGACCCAUGCAGCCUGUCAGAGACUUCAAGGUGGAUGUGUACAUUCACGAGGAAGCCGGCAUCAAUUUCAUCGAUGUGAAAGGAGGCCUGAGCACCAAAGCCCUCGCUAAUGCCAUCACCAAAACACAUGUUAAUAAACAGGCAUGGGUGUAUUUCUAUCCAACAGUGGAUCAACAGACAAUGUGUGACAACUGUGGAGAGCAGGGUAUGAAUGGAGAUCUGGUUAUUGUUUAUGAUGUCAACAGGAACAAUGAAUUGGGAGACAUCAAGAAAUCUGGUGGGUACUUUGUUCAUCACUUUGCUCCAUCCAAUCUUCCCCGAAUUUCCAAAAAUGUCGUCUUUGUUAUUGACAAAAGUGGCUCAAUGCAAGGCAGAAAAAUAGAGCAGACUAGGAUCGCGUUAAUCCAUAUUUUGAAUGACCUGGCAGAAGAUGACCAUUUUGGUUUGAUCACUUUUAAUGCCAACAUUUUUUCCUGGAAAUUGGAACUUGUUCAGGCCAACAGUAAAAACGUGGAAAGCGCCAAAAACUUUGCACGCAACAUUCAAGCUACAGGAUACACAGACAUCAAUCAAGCACUGCUGCAAGGAGCAAAUAUGCUGAACACGCAUGACAGAGAAGGUUCAGCAUCAAUCCUUAUACUCCUCACAGAUGGACAGCCAACCACAGGGGUGACAAAUCUGGAGAAAAUACAGUCAAAUGUAAGAGAGGCUGUUGCAGGCAAAUUCCCAGUUUACUGUCUGGGUUUUGGUUUUGAUGUUGAUUUUGAGUUCCUUGGGAAAAUGUCGCUGCAAAAUAAAGGUGUGGCACGGCGGAUUUAUGUAGACUCUGAUGCUGAUUUACAGCUGAAGGGUUUCUAUGAAGAGGUGGCAACUCCUCUGCUGACAGAUGUGACAAUGAUCUAUGUGGGUGGGACCAAUCUAACCCAGACUAACUUCAGUCAGUAUUAUAAUGGUUCUGAGAUUGUGGUGGCCGGACAGAUCACAGACAAUGACAUUGAAACCUUCACACCUCAAGUUGUGGCCAUUUCGAGUAAUAGAAGGUUAGUAUUUUCUGACCCAAAUGGCAUCGUGGAAUCUGGUCAAAGUGUGUCUGAUGACCUUAUCCAGAGAGUUUGGGCCUACCUCACAGUUAAACAGCUUCUGGACAAAGAGCUCCAGUUAUCUGGACCUGAGAAAGAGCAAGUGAAGAAGGAGGCUUUGAGACUCUCACUGAAGUACAGCUUUGUGACUCCGCUCACAUCAAUGGUUGUCACAAAGCCUCUGGGAGAGACCAUACAUGUGCUUCAUAAACCCAAGGAAAGUGAAGCACCACAGAGAAGGAAGUCCUCUGGACGUCAAUCUAUUUCAAGACACCAUGGUACUUCUACUAGUCACAGGAGUGAUAAUGUUGCAACAACUGCUGUUGAGAGAGCCUUUGAGAGCUGGUUCUCCUCAGUUGAUCAAGGAGAAAUGAUAGAUCUUUUACAAUUUCUUAAAGGAGAUAGAGGAUUUUACUUUUCCCGGCCCACUGGAUCUCAAUCCCGCAAAAAACGACCUACUUUAAGAGAAACUUUGCUUGAUAUAUUCAUACAUCAUUAUUCACGUCAUGGCAAUCUUCCAACUGAUGAAACUUUGCUUGAUAUACUCAUACAUCAUUAUUCACCUCAUGGCAAUCCUCUGCAACCAACUGAUGCUCCUCUUCUCCACAGGUUUUUGUUAAAAGCUGAGAAUCAGACUGUUCCGCUGUGCUUUGAUGUCAGUGGUCAUCUCAGCCUUAAACUUCUUCAUCAUCCCAGCAGGGAGCUGUUUGUGAAUGGUGAGCUUGAUUCAGUUGCAAACGGAGGUUUCAAGAGAAUUUUCAUACACUUCAAAACUAACCAGCAUUUCGAGAUUGACACCAAAGGGGUCACUGUACGAGAUGGACAGACAGAAACACAUCACACUGGACAGGAUCUGGUCACUGCUGGAAGUGUCACAAUGAUUAUGCGCAACAAUGAAAUAGACAUUGCAGCAGGAGACAUGCGCCUGGUUGUUUUAGUUCAUAAGAAGAACAGCAUUAAAUUCCUUUGGCCAGUUUUAAGACAGCAUCCUUCAGCCAACAACACUGAUGGACUUUUAGCUCUAAAGUCAGCAGUUUAUGAGGAGGUACAACAAGUUGCGGCUACAAAACUAAAGAUUAAAAACCAGGAGAUCAAUGUUACUAGCGGCAAUGCCAAUGACUAUAGCAUUGCCUCUCCUCUCAUGAUGAACUGCUGGCUCACAUCUGCUGACUCUGCCUUGCAGAGACCACUGGCCGAUUUCAUUGUUCCACAACUUUAACUGGAAACAGUGAAAAUUUUUUCAUUUAAGAAGAGAAUAUGGAAAAUACUUGCAACACCUGCUUCCAGCAUGAAAAAAUGAAAAUAUCUUGGAUUGUUUAAUGACUCACAAUUUUCAUUUUAUUGAAAAAAUGGGUAUAAAGUCAAAAUAAUACAUCCAA